GUCAGCUAAAAACACAAUAGCCAGACUUAAAAUUUGCUCAUUUGGUUUUGAAAACAUUAUUGGCGUGGACCGGCUGAAUUCUGUUCACAUUAAAAUGUCGUUACAACGAAAGUGCCCAUUCCAUGUAACGAUAGCCGGAACAGAAGCCAAGUUAGUGCAAAGUCUAUGCGAUGUACUGCAACUUUGCGCGAAUCGGGCUCUCGAAAAUAGUGACACCUUCCGGGUCGGGCUCUCAGGUGGCUCGCUUGUGCAGCUCUUGACCCGUGCCCUAGUAUCCAGUAAUCUGGACACAAAAUGUUGGAAAUUCUUUUUCUGCGAUGAGCGCUAUGUCCCAGACUAUCACAACGAAUCCACUUUCUGGGCGUACAAAACUCAAAUGCUAAGUCAACUACCCAAUAUUUCGGAUAGUCAACUUAUUAAGCCUGAUACGACAAUGUCAUUGGAUAACUGCGCCAGCGCAUAUGCGGCAUGCAUAAGAGACGAAUUUGGUACAAGUUGUCCGGAGUUUGAUUUGUUGCUUUUGGGCAUGGGACCAGAUGGACACACGUGCUCCUUGUUUCCAGAGCAACCGAUUGCACUGUCGGAAAGCAGACGUAUUGUCAUUCCGAUACGUAAUUCGCCGAAGCCACCGCCAGAACGUAUCACAUUUACGCUGCCACUGAUAAAUAAUGCCAAAGAUGUAGUCUUUGUUGUAACAGGUGCCAGUAAAGCUGAUGUUGUUAAGCGUGUUUUUGCAGACAAGGACAAAAACUUUCCUUCUGCUUGGGUAGAGCCCACACAUGGGGAGUUAACACUGAUUGCAGACAAAGACGCAGGAAAGACAUUUCUAAAUUCAUCCUGUCAAUGUCCACAUAAUGCUAAUUAACUAUGUAAAUUUGUAAAUAAUAAAAAAAUGCUGGUUUUG